ACGUCUAGAACGUUGGAGCUGUUUGUGGGCGUGGCCAGCCAACGGGCUGCGGCGAUGACUAUACUGCGAGCCUGUCAAACACAACCAACACAGCCAACAUGGCGGACGUCGAGGACUGGGACGCUGACAACUUCGAGCCGGAGGAGCCGAUUAAAAAGGCGGCAGUGCUGGACAAAUGGGAAGGCGAGGACGAAGAUGAAGACGUUAAGGAUAAUUGGGACGAUGAAGAAGAAGAACAGGAGAAAAAAGUAGAGGUGAAGAAGGCAGAGACAAAGGUGUCCGAAAAGAAAAAGUUGUCUGAAAAGAUUAAAGAGAAAGAAAACCAGUUAAGGAAGAAACAACAAGAACUGAAAAAGGAGAUGGAAAAGCCAGAAGAACUUACUCCAGAGGAACAACUUGCAGAGAAGUUACGAGUUCAGCAACUACAGGAAGCAGCAGACUUGGAGUUGGCAAAAGAUGCUUUUGGUGUUAAUACUGUCUCUGGAAUUGAUGCCAUGUGUCCAUCUUCCAAAGAAGACUUCACAGAAUUUGAAAAACUGCUGAAAGAAAAGAUAACCCAGUUUGAAAAAUCAGUCCAUUAUUCAAGUUUCUUGGAUUCAUUGUUUCGGGAACUUUGUAUUUCAUUGGAAGUUGAUGACUUGAAGAAAAUCAGUAGUUCCCUUUCAGUCCUGCUUAGUGAAAAACAGAAACAAGAAAAACAAAACAAAGGAAAGAAAAAGAAGAAAGGUGUAGUACCCGGAGGUGGACUGAAAGCACAGAUGAGAGACGAACUUGACUAUGCAGAGUUUGAUGGAGGUUACGCCCAAGACUACGAGGACUUCAUGUGACAUAGGCUCUAUUACUGCUUUCCCCCCCUUCUUCCUAACCCUCUGAAGUACAGCUGUACCUUCCCAUGCUGUCCAGUGCCAUCCUGGGAAAUCUGAACUCUGUGCCGCCCCUUUUCAUUUUGCUUCAUUUACCGGAUGGACUAUUCUUGGGAGCAUCCAAUCUUGGCGCCCUUAACAUACAGAAUGGCCUUUUCUGUCUCAUUCAGCCUCGACAUGCACACAAAUCUGUUGUGUGACCCAGCUUCAAUGAAGAAUACAUCUGUAACUGCUGCUGUCUGAAUUUUGCAGGGCUCUUUUUAAAUUAAACAUUGCUCCUGUUAAAUUGACACAUGGCAGUUGUAUGUGAAGUGACAUAGAAAUAAGGUUCUAUGCAAAUUCCUCAACCAGAAUGUCAUGUAUUAUAGAUCACACUGAAGUGUGGUGAGAUCUUUUACAGGAAAACAUUUAUAUUGUUGUUUCUUGGGUUGCCAAAUGCAUAGCAAUUAUUCAGUUUAUUAAUCUUUAUCUCUGGAACAUUUACAUAGAGGUAUUUGAGAGAGGCAUAACGAGUAGAUGUACUUUUACAGAGCGCACAUGACAUUCAAUGUAAGAUAAAAGGGAUAGAGUAUAAUAAAUGUGACUAUAAAACCUCA